AUAAGAGCUCACCCGGCUGACAAGCACGGGAAAAUUAAUGCCGUGUUAAAAGUUUUUUUUAUGUAUCUUACAUUCUUAAAUUAGUGUUCAAGUUUCUUUGAUAAAUUUGUGCUUGUCAUCAAAAUGGGUGCCAAAGUAUCAAGAUCUGAUUUCGAAUGGGUGUAUACAGAUGAACCGCAUGCAACUCGAAGAAAAGAAAUAUUAAAAAAACAUCCCGAGAUCAAGGGUUUAAUGGGACAUGAUCCAGUUUUUAAGUAUAUUGUGACAGCCAUGGUCUUGGUACAAUGUAUAUCUUUCUGGCUGUUGAAGGAUUCCUCUUUUACAACUUUGUUUAUAUCAGCAUAUUGUUUUGGUGGAGUCAUCAAUCAUUCCCUUGCAUUGGCUGUGCACGAAAUAUCUCAUAAUUUAGCAUUUGGGCAUGCAAAGCCAAUGUAUAACCGUAUAUUUGGCAUGUUUGCAAAUCUACCCAUAGGUGUUCCAAUGUCCAUCUCAUUUAAGAAGUAUCAUUUGGAACAUCAUAGAUACCAAGGUGAUGAAAUAUUAGAUACAGAUUUGCCUACAAAGCUAGAAGCAAAAUUAUUCUGCAGCACAUUUACGAAAUUUAUUUGGGUGCUUUUGCAGCCUUUCUUUUACUCUUUCCGGGCGUUUUUUGUAUACCCUAAGCCACCAACGUCUUUAGAAGUCAUCAAUACUAUUGUUCAAAUAAUUUUUGACGUGCUUGUGUGCUACUUCUGUGGACUCCGAAUGCUUGGUUACAUGGUAGGAAGUUUGAUUUUGGCCAUGGGUUUACAUCCUGUUGCUGGGCAUUUUAUUUCUGAGCAUUAUAUGUUCAAAAAAGGUUUUGAAACAUAUUCAUAUUAUGGUCCACUGAAUUUUAUCACAUUUAAUGUUGGUUACCAUAUGGAGCAUCAUGAUUUUCCUAGUGUACCUGGAUCUCGCUUACCACAGGUGAAAAAUAUUGCUAAGGAAUAUUAUGAAGAUCUGCCGCAGCACAACUCUUGGUGUCAGGUUUUAUGGGAUUUUAUCACAGAUCCAGAAAUAGGGCCAUAUGCCAGAGUUAAACGGCAACAUAAAGCUAGAAAUUAAUAUUAUGGAUUUUAAAGCAUUAUGUUGAAUGCUCAAUUCUUCCUUUGUUUUUAAAGUUUAAAAAAAAAAAAUCUUAAAUGUUUGGGUACUAUUAUUUAAACAAAGAAUGAUACUGGAAUCUGUAUUUGUAAAAAGAUACAUUAGUAGCAUUUUUUUUAUGCUGCACCUGUGAUAACACCUCUUUCUAAGUAUGUACAUUUGUAAAUGAUAAUGUAGUGAAGUAAUAUCUUUAAUAACUCUUAUCAUUAGGAUUUCACAUAUUAGUGAAAAUGAAUGAAACACAUUUAAAAGCUGAAAACUUGCAUAUGCUUUGUUAUGAAAAAUUUUCUAUACUUACUUGGUUGAAAAUGUGCUGGAUUAGUUCCAGUAAUGUAUUCUAUUAUAAGUAGGGAAAAAGGAGAAAUUUCUUUAGAUCCAGAUUUAAAAAUUUUCAACUUAAGAACACAUUUUUAUCAUAAUUGUAAUUUCUUACAGCUACAUUAUGCUAUUGUGCAGAAAAAAACUUAAAAUGCUAUUUUAAUUCUAGAUUACUAUAAAAUACUUUACUGUAACAUGUUUUAUAUAGGGCAGGAAAACAUACUAAGUUUUUAAGAGAAUUUAUCAUACAUUUGAUUGAAUCUCCAUUUGAAGGAUUCAUGUUUGUGUGUAGAAGAAACAUCAUUGCGUACAUGAUAAAACAUGAAAUGUGUAUGGUACUCAUUUCAUUAUGCUAAGAUUAAAAUUCAUAAUUUGUCUAAACAUUUAUUAUAAUUUUAAAACAAAAUUAGAUUUUUAUUAACAUAUAUUAAUGUACAAUUUCUUUUUUUUUUUUUUUUGUUGCUUUUUUUUACAAAUUGGUUUUUUGAUUAUAAAUUUUGUUUUGUUCCAUCUUUUACUUGGGAUCAUUGUAAGCAGACUUUACUCAGUAUUUUACUUUUUCAUUCAUUUACAAAAUAAUUUAGAAUUAAGUGUUUUAAAAAAAGAAAUAUUAGUUAAAUACUUUGUUUUACAAUUUUACUGGCAAGAAAUCUUAAUUAUUUUCAGUAAAGGUUUCAUAAUGAAAAAUCAUAAGAUGGCACCUUUUGUUAAAACAGUAUCAGUUAAAAACAUUAAUGAGAUGAAAAUGGAUAAAAUUUGCGUUUGCUUUCAGUUAUUCUUGCAAGUUCAUUGAUUAUGCUUUUUUUUAAAAUCAAUUACUAAAUGCAAAUUUUAUAUGCUGGAAUGUAUAAAAAUAUUGGUAUUAAAUAAUAAGCAAAAUGAAAAUCUAAUGUAAAUGCUAAACUAAAUGAAUAUUUUCUUCAGCAACAUCAAGUUUGUUUCCUGGCAGUGUUGGCCUUAUCUUUCUAAUGAAAAUCGAAGAUUAUUAGUAAAAAUUAUAUUUAUAAACGUGUUUUCUAGUUACAAUUGCUUUCUUUCAAGCAUGCAUUAAUUUUGAACUUGUUGGUUAUAACCAAGAAUAUAAUUCGGCUAUGAUGAGAUGAAUCUCAAGAGAUUGAAAAUUUCAUUUGCUUAAAUGAAAGUGAAAAAUGAACACUUAUGUUUUUAACGUUUGCACUGUUGUUGCACAUUUCCCAAUCAAUAUGCCUGUAAAAAGCAUUAAGAACAUUCAAAAUUAUCUUAUACAGUGAAACUUUGAUACUUCAUACUGCAGAUAACAACAUUUAUUUUUCGUAUGGUUGGCACCAUGCUAAUUUUAAUGGUCGAAAACCUCUCUCACCUGACAAACAUUUGCAGAAACCCCUAUCCAAUUGCUAUUCUAGUGCAAUUUCUGCACCAAAAUUCUUUCCUUGACCUUUUUUCAGAAUUUUAUGCUGCAGUUUCUCAAUCAGUCAAUCCUUUUCUGAAAAGCUCUUUUAGAGAAUUCUAUCUUUUAUUCAGGAGAGCCCAGACACCACUCUAUGCUGUUAGUGCAAUUCUAAAAGGCUAGGAAAGGGAAGAAGGCCCCCUGGAGAAACAAGACACCAUGACAAGUUUUUCUAAUAAGUUUAUCUUUAACAGACCUGACUGACAAGAAACUUUAAUCUUUUUCAAAAAUUAUGGAUUUAUUCCUCGCAAGGUGUUCAAAUAGUAUUAGAAAUUUUAUUAUGCACUUUAAAAAGAAAAUUCAUUAACUGGAAUUAAUUUUCAUAAAGUGAGUGUUAAGCAUUUGUAAGAACAGAAUUCUUUAGGAAUUAAAAUUGUGGGGCCUCAGUUAAGUUGACAUCCGCGUAUAUCGAUAUGUUUUUUUGUUCUCCUUUGGGGUGUCGAGGUUCCAUAGUAUUCUUAAUCGCCUUUCCAUUUCUGGACUUACUGAACCAAAGAAGAUUCUCUUCCAAAUUAUAAAAUAUACUGGAAAAUCAUGGAAAUAUACAUUAUUUAAGUAAAAAAUUACAAGUUAUGUGAAAUUUCUUCAUCAAUAACAUACUGCUAACACAAUUAUGUUCAAGUAUAGGAGCCCUUCUUUUAUUACCUGUUCUCAACAAGAAAAAAUUAGCUCCCUAAAAGUCAGAUCUCAUCUUAUCAGAGCCAAACUAUAACACAGUUUAAAUUGUUGUUUAUAUUUGGGCUAUAUUUAUGUUAUGUAUUUCUAAAAGAUGUAAUAUUUUUAUGUUAAUCUAGUUUUCUCUGAAGACAAUUUGUGUUCUGUGCUGUUGCCAUUUGAUGAGCUUAAACUAAACUUGUGCAUUUAAUAAAAGUUCACAAGCUACA